GAUACGAUUCUGAUGCGGACCGAUCGACCAGAAAUAUAUGUAUCUCACGAUGCGGGUAAUCGUUGGCUCGAGCUAGUUGUCCAAGGCAACAAUUUCACGGAAAUCUUUCCUCACACAUAUAAACGCAACAUUGUAUUCCUCCUGACAGACUCUGGUCAAGUUCAAUUUUCGACUGAUCAAGCCGUCAAUUUUCAGACAUUCUUUCCACCCACCCCGCCAACGAGCAGCGGACUAGAACCACUGGCUUUCCACCCAGCACACACCAGCUGGUUGUUGUGGUUUGGCCAGCAGAAAUGCCCGGAACCCACAAAUCGUAUAGACUGCACGACUCUGUACAUCAGCAAAGAUUUUGGAACGAGUUGGGAGAAUCUCCUUUCCGAUGUUCACAAAUGUCGAUUUGUGGAUAGUGAUAAAAGCUGGAACAAGGAGAAUUUGAUCUACUGCGAGCGGUACGAAGAUGACCAGCUUCAGCUUCUAUCUAGUGAUACAUUCUUCAGAACGUGGAAAAUUUUGUUUGCUAAUGUUAUUCCCGAAUUUGUCAAGCUCUCUGAAUAUGUAUACAUCAUCGUGCCAAUUGCCAACGAGAAAGGAGUCGAUUUGCAAAUCACUGAUGAUGGACUCAGUUUUUACAAGGGCGAAUUUCCAUCGACACUUCGAAGAUUCACCGGAAUAUCUAUUCUACCAAGCCCUACUCAUUGCCUUUUCGCUCUUUUGAGCACUGGUAAUAACAAAGGGGCUGCGUAUGGGACUCUCGUCAAAGACAGUGGUAGAGGUACUCCGUUUGUAUCCGUUCUUCCUGGAGUCAAUCGAAUCCAAACUGGAGAGGUAGACUUCGAAAGGAUCAACGGCCUUGAAGGAAUUAUCAUAAUCAAUAUUGUUUCGAAUCUUCGAGCGGCUAUUCGAGGGGAGCCAAAAAAGCUGAAGACGAAGAUAUCUUUCAAUGAUGGGGCUGACUGGAGAUUGAUCCCCCCGCCGUCUCAUGAUGCUGAUGGACUUUUAUUGGGGUGCUCUGGAGCCACAGGUACUUGCUCUCUCCAUUUGCAUGGUCGAUCAGAAAGUAGAGAGACGCUCCAAAUCCAUCCUCUACUCAAUGAACGCUUAAGAUCUCGAUCUCCGAUAUCAUCCCUGCAAGGGGUGGGCAUAGCUAUUGCCAUUGGCAAUGUUGGCGAGAGUCUUACGGGCAAAGAAGAUGCACACAUGUUCAUGACUCGUGACGGGGGGGUUACAUGGACCCACAUCGCAGAGGGAGAGCACAUGUGGGCCUAUGGAGUCCAAGGCUCCUUAACAGUUAUAUCCAGCGCCAUCAAGGAAACGAACCAUAUAAAAUACUCAGUCAACGAAGGGCUGUCCUGGAAAACAUAUCAGUUUACAGAAAACCCCGUCAAAGUUGUCCACUUAUCGACCGAUUCAGACGAGACAUCGCGAAAUUUUAUUGUUUGGUCUGUAUCAGACUCCGGUCUCGCCACUAUUGCGAUAGACUUCAGUGCAUUGUUGACACGCAAUUGCAAUUUGCCCGGAGAUUCAUUAGAUGUUGAUGGCGAUUUUUAUUCUUGGAUCCCAUUUGAUCCCCUCAGAUCUGAUAGAAGCUGCAUGUUUGGCCGUACAACGCAGUAUCUCCGCAAGAAGCCAUCAGCAGAUUGCUAUAAUCCAUUUCCAAUUCCUCAGCCAUUUGCACUACUAGCUAAUUGUAGUUGCUCCAACGAAGAUUUUGAA